UAUUCAGUUUGUCAUCUCGAAAUUUUCACAGCAAAAAAGGAAACCUCUCGCAGUUUGUGAAUAAUAUCCAAGACGAUGUCGAUUCUUUCCAUUGAAGUUCCGAUACAGCCGUAUGCUGGCCAGCUGCUGAUCAUCAGCGAUCUUAUUCUGCCGGACGCAGCUCCUCAGGAUCCAAAUAAGACAAAAGGGUGGACGAAGAGAAAGCAGCGAGCAUCCUUCUUCGACCUCAGCAGUAUCUACAAAAAAAUUAUAAAGCAAUUAUCACCGAAUAACCAGGCGGAGGAUAUCUGCAUUUCGGAGCAAGAUUUCCUACUAGAUUCCUUUUUGGCCGCCUUGGAGACCUACAUGAAACAUGUGGUCAACAAGAUUAUCGAUUUGUGCGAGCAUCGCACUAGCUAUCAUCUGUAUAGCGACGAACGUUGUGUAAUGAAGAACGAUAUGAGGACCACGAUGAUGUUCCUCAACGAUCUGGAGAUGGCCGACUAUGGAUCAUCGGAUGAUGAGGCCGGAUUCUAUCGCAAGCGUCGUACAGAGAACAACGACAAGGAUCGGAAGGUUACGCGUCUGGAAUCGGUGAAUGAUACCGCCAUGUUGGCCAUAGGCGGUCGAAAGCGACCCGCAGAAGCACCUGGCCCAGGAGCUGCUCCAGGUGGCUCGAAAAGCGGCCAAGUGGCCGGUGCAGCCACUCAGCGAACGUUUCCUCUGCGCUUUAAGCACAUGAACAUCAGGGAUGUCCUGCAGUUCAUGGAGGAGGAUAGACGCUACGCGCGGUCCAACAUGCUCUUCGAAGCCUAUUUGAAAUACAAGUCAUAA